GCCACGGUCGUAGUUCACAGUGAUGAAUUCGGUCUUCCUAAUCUUAGCUAUUGUCGCUGCCAUAAGUGGUAAUGCUGCAGGUGCCCCAGUCAACAACGAUGCCACCCAACCGACGGUGGUUAAUCAAUCUAAUAAUCACAGUACGAAUGAUUUUAGCUGGAGCUAUGAACUGAGUGAUGGCCGUGAAGUGCGUCAAAAUGCAUACGUUAAAAAGCUAGAUAUUGGAACCGAAGUGCUGGUUAUUACGGGAUCAUACAGCUAUAUUGGGCCCGAUGGUGUUAAGUAUACUGUGAAAUAUUUUGCGGAUGAGAAUGGGUACCACCCGACUGUAAAUGUUGGUGCUGAAAUACCGGUGCCAAUGAUAGCCCAUAUUCCUGCUAAGGCUCUCAUAUCGUUGGUUGGAUAGUAAUCCAUGUAAGGUGUUACAAUUAUAAACAGAUGAAAACUUGGCGA